UAUUAUGACCUGCUCCAUCAUUUUGAGUCGCUGUGACCCAGAAACACACUUUAAGUUUUAUGUACUAAAUAAAUUUUUUUUUUAAAUUCCGCUUUCUAAUUAUGUAAUUAUUAUGUUUCUAAUCAUUGUUGAGAUAUAAUCAUUUACAGUAUAUGUUCAGUGGGAUACCUUUUUGUAUUGCAAAAGGGGACAGCUUAGUCAGACGCAUAUCAGGUAGUACAGAUUCUGAAAGAAUGAAUUUCUCUGCCAAUUUUCACUUUUUUGGGAGAACAUGCAACAAGUAUCAGUCAUCAUCCACAUUCUUUUCCAAAUUUAGUCGUUUAGGGUUUUUUUUUGGUUAGCCAUGUUUGUGUUAUUUCGUUUCAUUACUCCCGCUCCCCUCCCACCUCGGAGUCUAACAAGGGGAUGCACUGAGCUGCGGAUAUCCUCCGGAUAUGCACCAAGGAUACGGGGGUAAUAUACUCAAGCAAAAGGAACAAAGUUCAUAUUCCUCGACUGACCCUCAGUCAACGCCCUUUAGGGCAAGUCUUGACUAGCCACUUGAUUGGAAGAAUAAAACUUAGAAAACAGAAAAUACAUUUACAGCAUAUCAGUACAUUCCUUAACAGGGGAAACUGAAGUUGUGACCAGAACUUUGAAGGUCCAAAAAGUUCAUAAAGGCAGCAUAAAAGUAAUCCAUAAGACUCCAGUGGAUAAAUCCAUAUCUUCAGAAGCCAUAUGAUAGUUCUGGGUGAGAAACAGAACGUUUUUUCUAUAAAUUCUCCUCCCUGCACAGUAGGUGGUGAUAUGCACAAAGAAGAAAGUGAAAGUGGAGAUUUAUAGUAAAAAAAAAAAAAGAAGAACUUAAAUAUUAAUCUGUUUCUCACCACACCAAUCAUAUCACUUCUAAAUAAAUGGAUUAAACCACUGGAGUUUUAUUGAUUAAUUUUAUGCUGCCUUUAUGUGCUUUUUGGACCUUCAAAGUUCUGGUCACCAUUCACUUGCAUUAUAUGGACAUACAGAGCUGAGAUAUUCUUCUAAAAAUCUUCAUUUGUGUUCAGCAGAAGAAAGAAAGUCAUACACAUCUGGGAUGGAAUGAGGUUGAGUAAAUGAUGAGAGAAUUUUCAUUUUUAGGUGAACUAUUUCUUUAAUAAUUUCACAAGGCAAGACAAUAAGUGUGACAUUCAUGAAGUGUAUUAUUUAUUGACAUAUCUAGCUAGCUAGCUAUCGAUGAAACAUACGUUUCCUUUUUCAUUUAAGUUUGUACUAUUCAUAAUACUAUUGUCCACGUAAACAAAGGCAUUUUUUUUAGAUGAGAGUGAAUGCUGUCGCUCCCUCUAUCGCAGGAUUUUACUAUCACACGUUCAGCUGGUUUAGCCUUUAGCUCCACGGCUAACUGGCGCUCAUCAACAUGACGUUUAUAUUCUGAUAUUGAGCAGAAAUUUGAGGACAUAUACGUCUGAAUGGGAUAGACUGCAGAUCUUCACCUAAGCCACCAAGAUGCCUCAGAAUAUCCUCAAGAGCACUCAUUACAUUGAGCUGGGCAGCUACCAGUACUGGCCAGUGCUUGUGCCAAGAGGGAUCCGCUUGUACACCUUUGAACAGAUCCCAAUGUUUCUGAAAGAGAAUCCAUACAUCACAGAUGGAUACAGAGCACACCUGCCAUCCAAGCUGUGUCUAAAAAGUAUAUUCAUUCUGUCAAAUGAGACGGUGAACAUCUGGAGUCAUCUGCUUGGGUUCCUGUUGUUCUUCUCUCUGGGGGUUAAUGACAUGGCCACAGUUCUGCCGUCUGCAGGGGCAUCUCGAGAGGACUAUGUGAUUUAUUCGAUAGGACUAUUUUGUUUUCAGGUGUGCAUGUUGUGCUCUGUGGGCUACCACUUGUUCUGUUGUCACCGCUCAGAGAAGACGUGUCGCCGCUGGCUCGCACUUGACUACGCUGGAAUAUCUGUGGGGAUUUUGGGAUGCUAUGUGCCUGGAGUCUUCUAUGCCUUCUACUGCAACAGUUUUUGGAGGCAGGUGUAUUUGCUGACGGUGCUGGCUUUGAUCUUGGCAGUGUUUGCAGCUCAGAUUCAUCCACAUUACCUCACACAGCAGUGGAAGAAGCUGCGCUCUGUCAUGUUCUGCUCUGUGGCUGUAUACGGCAUCAUCCCAGCCUGCCACUGGGUCUGGCUCAACGGAGGAUUUGGUGUCGAGAUUGUACAGGUGUUUUUCCCUCGCGUUAUGAUCAUGUAUGUGAUUGCCGCAUCAGCGUUCCUUUUCUAUGUCAGUAAAAUCCCAGAACGUUACUUCCCAGGCCAGCUGAACUAUCUGGGUGCCAGUCAUCAGCUCUGGCACGUACUGGUGGUCAUCAUGUUCUACUGGUGGCACCAAACUGCUCUCUACAUCAUGAACUACAGACACAAUCAGCCCUGCACAGACUAGAGUAGUGGAUAAAGCGUGUCAUGUCAGUGUGACUACAUAAACCUCCAUUUCUGCUCAUUGCCUAUAUGCUGACAACAUGGUUACAAAAUGAUUUGAGCCUUUUGUAAAUGCAUUUUUAUUUUUUAAUUGGCAUGAUUUUAAAUUGUGUGAGUACUACUAAAAUUGCACAAUGAAACGCAUUUGCCGGUUACGUGCAAUGAAUAUCAUGAACGUUUUGUGCAGUCAGCUCAUUUCCUCUGCUUGAACAAAUGUUUCAAAUGUACAAUUUUUCUGCUGGACAUACCCUUGCCUGUUACUGUUUGUACUAUUUUCUACUGAGCCUUGUUACAUAUACAUUAGGUAUACAGUAAGUUUACAUUCUGUAACGUAUCACCUCACUUUGCUGUAAUGUCCAUUUUUUUAAAUGACCUUAACUAUCACUGUUCUGUAACUGAUGAAUUGUGUGGUUGAGGUUUAAUACUGUAAUUUUGUGACUUCAAUUUUUUAUUUUUAUUUUAAUAUUUGUUUGAGUUGUUUGAAAGUAUUCGAUACUUUUCAGUUCAUCUACAGUAUUUCACAGCACUGAAAACUGUUUUUAAGAUUAAAAUGACCAAGCAAGCAUUACUACACAGUAUGUAAAAUAGUAACCCUAAAUCACUAUACUUGCACUGAAUUGACUACAAACUUGUGUCCAGGCAGUCAAUACAGAACCUUUUUUGUAUGGCUGUCUCUUCAUUUCAGCCUUUUUACUUUAUUGGUUACUUGAUUUUCUUUAAUUGUGUUUUGAAUUGUUUUGAAUGUGAAUGAAUAUCUGAAUGCUGAUAUUAAAUAAAAAUGAUUUUGUUUCUA